AGGAGUUGGGCAUUUCCUUUCGGGUCAGGUUUCUAGAAGGGCUGGCAUUUAAAUCUGCUGCAGUGAAGAAGCCGGGGAGACCCGUGGUCAUCCGAAAUUUCACCCUGCAGUAGGAGUAUCCGUUUUAUGACAUUUCUUUUUAUUGUAUCAUUCGUAAAAAAGAGAAAUCAGCAUUUGGAUAGUGUUUUGUGUUGAAAAAGCGCUUCAGUGUUCCAAUGUAAGAGAUCUUAUUUUGAUGGCUAGGUAGCAACGCGCAUCAUCUUGUGGGAUUCAGCUAGCUAACGUAGCAGUUUGAAUGAAAAGCCUCCCUUAGGCAUCUAGUUAGACGCCAUGAAUACACGCAUGUAAAUAUCAGUAUGAGUCGUUGAUACGUGCGAAGAAAAUUUGUUUAAAAAAUUAUUCGAAUGUAUUUUCGUUCUUGCUUGGCCUUGAACACCCUGGGAAGAUAUCGCUUCCAAUGAAGAGAAUUUCUGAUGCAAAAUGCUAUGACUGAAAUGAAAAACAUCUAGGAAUUUCCGUCUGCUAAAGCAAUUGUAAAUUUAAAAAUCCACGUUAACAGAAAGCAGGUUGUAGAUAAACACUCAUAUUUUGUAGAGCAUAAAACACUACAGUCUACAGAUCAUCUGUAUAAAGUAUUAAGGUUAUCGAUUAUCGAACUGCAUCAUGUUCAGCUGGUUGGGUACCGAUGACAGGAGGAAGAAGGAUCCCGAGGUCUUUCAGACAGUCAGCGAUGGACUCAAGAAGCUGUACAAAACCAAACUCUUGCCCUUGGAAGAGCACUACAAAUUCCACGAGUUCCACUCGCCCGCCUUAGAGGAUGCCGACUUCGACAACAAGCCCAUGGUACUGCUCGUGGGCCAGUAUUCCACUGGAAAGACCAGCUUCAUCCGGUACCUCCUGGAGCAGGACUUCCCCGGCAUGCGGAUCGGGCCGGAGCCCACCACGGACUCCUUCAUCGCGGUGAUGCACGGCGACGUGGAGGGGCUGAUCCCGGGGAACGCCCUGGUGGUGGACCCCAAAAAGCCCUUCCGCAAGCUCAACGCCUUCGGCAACGCUUUCCUCAACAGGUUUGUGUGCGCCCAGCUGCCCAAUCCCGUGCUGGAGAGCAUCAGCGUCAUCGACACCCCCGGCAUCCUGUCCGGAGAGAAGCAGAGAAUCAGCAGAGGUUACGACUUUGCGGCGGUCCUGGAGUGGUUCGCCGAGAGGGUGGACCGCAUCAUCCUGCUCUUCGACGCCCACAAGCUGGACAUCUCGGACGAGUUCUCCGACGUCAUCAAGGCCCUGAAGAACCACGAGGACAAGAUCCGGGUGGUGCUGAACAAGGCCGACCAGAUCGAGACGCAGCAGCUGAUGCGCGUCUACGGCGCCCUCAUGUGGUCGCUGGGCAAGAUCGUCAACACGCCCGAGGUCAUCCGCGUCUACAUCGGCUCCUUCUGGUCCCACCCGCUGCUCAUCCCCGACAACCGCAAGCUGUUCGAGGCCGAGGAGCAGGACCUCUUCAAGGACAUCCAGUCCCUCCCCCGCAACGCGGCCCUCAGGAAGCUCAAUGACCUCAUCAAGAGGGCGCGGCUCGCCAAGGUCCACGCUUACAUCAUCAGUUCCCUGAAGAAGGACAUGCCCUCCGUGUUUGGCAAGGAGAACAAGAAGAAGGAGCUGAUCAACAGCUUGGGAGAAAUCUACGGGCGCAUCGAGAGGGAGCAUCAGAUCUCCCCCGGGGACUUCCCCAACAUCAAGAAGAUGCAGGAGCAGCUCCAGGCCCACGACCUGAACAAGUUCCAGCCGCUGAAGGCCAAGCUGCUGGACACGGUGGACGACAUGCUGGCGCACGACAUCGCCCAGCUGAUGGUCCUGGUGCGGCAGGAGGAGACGCAGCGGCCCAACCAGGUGGUGAAGGGCGGGGCCUUCGACGGCACGCUCAACGGGCCCUUCGGCCACGGCUACGGCGAGGGCGCCGGCGAGGGCAUCGACGAGGUGGAGUGGGUGGUGGCGCGCGACAAGCCCAUGUACGACGAGAUCUUCUACACCCUCUCGCCCGUCAACGGCAAGGUGACGGGCGCCAACGCCAAGAAGGAGAUGGUCAAGUCCAAGCUGCCCAACACCGUGCUGGGGAAGAUCUGGAAGCUGGCCGACAUCGACAAGGACGGCAUGCUGGACGACGAGGAGUUCGCCCUGGCCAACCACCUCAUCAAGGUCAAACUGGAAGGUCACGAGUUGCCUUGCGACCUGCCAGCGCACCUGAUACCCCCCUCCAAGAGGAAAAUUCCAGAAUAAAAUGCAGAGUGGGAUGUGUUGGUUUGGGUGGGGGAGGGGGAGGGGACGGGGGGGGGAGGAAGGGGUGCGAUGAAGAGGAGGCAAUAAAUCGGGGUUGGGUGACGAGGCUUUGACAGGAUACAAAUAAAAAUCAUCACGAACAUUUUCGAGACUGUGACCGUUCUGAGCGGGAGGGACUGCAGACGUUUGCUUGCCGUUUUGCUUUUGCGUUAUUUUUGGUUUUAUUUCUUUUUUUUUUAAAGGGACUUGUCCUGCUGAAAAGGAGUGGGAGGGGGUUCAGGAAAGGUUUGUCUGGGGUAAAGCUUUUGGGGAACUCAUGCGCACAUCUGCACAUACAUACAUCCACAGGUCAAGUGAAGAUUUUGGGUCAAAGCCAUGAAACGUGACUCCAAAAAAAGCUCAAAAACUGUAGGAAACUGUUUAACAAAAUAUAUAUAUUUUCUGUUUGUCAAAUAUCAAAGGAUCCCUCUGAUGGGAGGGACAUGGCAUGCUUAAUGACAAAGAAAAGAAUAAAUGUCAAGCUUCAGUCUUACUUCUCCUUGUACUGGUAGAUAUUAUCCUUAAUAUAAAAUUGUAUUGGAAUAAUGUACUGAUAUGAACCCUUUUUUUAAGUAGGUCUAGUGAGAUUCUCUUCAUGUGAACAGGCGGCAUCAUGAUCAAUGCAAGGCCUUUCUAGCCUGACCGAGAGACUGUUAAAAUGUACAGCUGUCAUGUCGGAAAAAUUUCCAGUCGAGACUUUUAAAUGUGUAGUGUUUGAAAUUGACAUUAGAACUAUAGUAUCCCUGUCUGAUGACUGUGUUAAUGCCUAUUUAGCCUCUUACAGUAAUGUUACUUAUACAGUUCAGAUCAAGUCGGAUGGAGGAAAAAGAGAGAGACCUUACUACACAGGGAAGGCAAAGGAGAGUGGCAUUUGUAAAAUUGUCUGGCAUUCAUUUGGUCAAAAAAGUAGAGCUUUGCAGUGCCUGUAUUGAUCUAUACUCAUUGGAUAUUUGCUUAAUUAAAAAGGAUGAUGUAAUCAGAUAUCAUUUGGCCUUUCUGUUCAGUAUGUAGAACAUGGUUACCUGUAUUGUCUAUGUACUGUUUUCAGAAGAAAUAAUUUCAAUUAAACUCCUCAUCUCCCCUCCCAGUGA